ACCGCCUUCCGUCUCCCGCCGCAGGACCGCCAGGGGAACGUGCUGCACAGCUGGCACAUGAUGAGCACCGACGAGGAGACGCUGGUGCUGCGUCAGUUCCUGCGCUUCGGCGAGACGCGCGCCAUCGCCCAGCAGCUCCUCCAGCACGAGGGGGCGUCGCCGCGCCCCGACCACACGCCCUCCAUCAGGGACUCGCACAGGGACACGCUCAGAGACUCUCACAGGGACUCCAUGAGGGACUCCCACAGGGACAGCCUGCGAGAUUCUCACAGGGACGUCCUGAGGGACACACACACUCUCAGAGACUCCCACAGGGACGCGUUCCGCGACUCACACAGAGAAAUGCACCGCGACGCCCUUCAGCGCGACGGCCACCGGGACGCCAGGGACAUGCGCGACAGGGACCUCCUGAGGGACUUCCGGGAGGACAUCCGGCGGGAGGAGAGCCGCAGGGACGAGCCCCCCCGCUCGCAGCACCAGCAGCCGCACCUGCACCCCGCGCAGCACCAUCCGCACCAGCCGCAGCCGCAGUCGGAGAUGGGCAAGAGCAUCGACUCCGACCUGAAGAAGUUCCUGGAGCGGACCAACAUGCUGUUCAACCCGUUCAUGCGCGGCGACCCGAGCUCCCUCUUGCGGCCGCCUCCCCCGACGGGUCCCCGCGGGCCUCCCGCCUGCGCCCCGCCCCUGUCGGCCGCGUCGCUGGCGUCCAACCUCCUCGCGGCCGCCAACCCCUCCCUGGCCACCUCGCUGCUGGCCAACCCGCAGCUGGCGUCGUCGGCGCUGUCCAUGCUGCGCCUCCCGGUCCCGCCCGUCUCGCUCCCCAACCUCUCCCCCAACAACGGAUCUCUCCCCAACAGCUUCGGCUCCCCCACUAGUCCCAUGGACGGCUCCCCCCUCAACCGCCUGCAGAGCAUGCAGCCCUUCGACUUCCGCAAGGAGCCGCAGAGUCCGAGUCCCGCCUCGCGUCCGGAGCCCUCCUUCACGCACGGCGGCCGCGGCGGCGGCGUCACUAGCCCGGCCAGUAGCGGCGGCGGCGGCAGCGGCGGCUGCGGCGGUGCGCCGGUGAGCGUGAGCAGCGGGAGCGUAACGCCCCUCGCCGCCACCGCCACCCACCAGCCCCCGCCGACGCCCGUGUCCGUCAACAGCGACCCUCCGACGGACUACACCAGCGAGGACGACGACAUCGCGAUCGCCGCCUCCACCACGGCCCUCAACCUCUCCACCACCUCCACCACGGUCGCUACCUCCGCCACCCCGACCACGUUACCCAUGCCCCCGAGGCCGCACUCCCCCGGGGGCGGACCCAGCACGCCGGGGAAGAGGUCGUGGAACCCCAUCAACCUCGGGACGUCGCUGAUCAACCCCGUGACGGGCAAGAAGCGCGUGCAGUGCAACGUCUGCCUCAAGACCUUCUGCGACAAGGGCGCUCUCAAGAUCCACUUCUCCGCCGUGCACCUGCGCGAGAUGCACAAGUGCACCGUCGAGGGCUGCAACAUGAUGUUCAGCUCGCGGCGCUCGAGGAACCGCCACUCGGCCAACCCGAACCCCAAGCUGCACACGCCGCACGUCCGCCGCAAGAUCUCCCCGCACGACGGCCGGACGUCCAGCGGCCACCCAGUCAUGAUGGCCCACGGGUUCCAGCCGCAGCAGUUCCAGCCGCCCGCUGGCUUCCCUCCCCUGAGCUCCUUCCCCGGGCAGUUCAGCGGGAUUAACCCGCUCACCGGCCUGCCCUUCAUCCCCCCCUCGGCCGCGGCCACGGAGGACCUCCACAAGCAGGCCCUGGAGCUGCAGCGACGCACGCUGGAGAUGCAGCACGCCAUGGGCAAGUCCUCCCUGGACCUGAGCAUGCGCAGCAGGGAGGACGGCAUGUGGAGGACCGACUACGGCGGCUUCCACGGGUCCUCCGGCCAGAGCGAGGACGGCCCGAUGGACAGCAGUCUGGACGGCAAGAGGAAGGACGACGAGUUCGACGUCAACAACAGCCUCGACGGCGACAUGGACGACGACAGCAUGAGCGUCGACGCCCACAGCAUGAAGGGGGAGCACCCGUCGGCGUCGCCCUCCAACAACAAGCGGAAACGCAAGAGCCAAAACCCGACCAAGUUCGCCUUCAGAUUAGAGGACGACGACCUCAUAUCCACCGACGACGACGACGACGACGACAACGACGACGACCUGGACGACAUCGACGCGAAGGAUUCCGAGGAGGAUAAGAAUGAGGACAAGGAGCUCGACGCCAUGAGCGACGACGACGACGACGACGCGGGGCUCAAGGAGGGCUCUUCCACGCACUCCGGCGACAAGGCAAAAAACGAUAAAGACUCGGACGGGAGCAACCGCAAGGUCUCCUCCAGCAGCUACGACGAGGCCGUGGACACGUCGAACGCGCUGCGGCACCUGGAGGACCUGUCCAAGGGUCACUUCGCACACCUCACUGGCACGAUGCCCCCAAACGCAUCGGCGUCACUUGGCCUCACGAUGGCGCCCUCGGGCAACGGCGUCACCUCUUCGAGUCCCAGACCAAGUGACCGUGACAGCGAUAGGGACUCCAACCCCGGCUCGCCCUCGGAGGACUCGGACGGCGCCUUCCACUUCGGCGAUGGCGGCUUCCUCAGCAGCCUCGACAUCCCCAUGGACAAGGAGAACCCGCGGCGCUGCAUAGCGUGCGGGAAGAUUUUCCAGAACCACUUCGGCGUCAAGACGCACUACCAGAAUGUGCACCUGAAGCUCAUGCACAAGUGCACGGUGGAGGGCUGCAACGCCGCCUUCCCCUCCAAGCGUAGCCGCGACCGCCAUUCCUCCAACCUCAACCUGCACAGGAAGCUCCUCUCCACCUCGUCCGACGCGCCAGGCUUCCCCGGCAUGGGCUUCCCCGGCCUGCCCUUCAACCCCGCCCUCAACCCCGAGCUGCUGGCGCGCCUCUACUCCGACCCGGCCGGCCUCCCCCUCGGCCUGGACGCGCUCAAGGCCCACAUCCCCACCUCCCUCGCCGAGUCCUUAUUCAACGGCGACCGCGGCGGCAGCGGCGGCGGCAACGGAGGCGGCGGGGGUGUGAGCGGGGGCGGCGGCCUGCCCCCGGCCACCCACCCUCCCCCCCACUUCUUCCUUCCGAACCUCCUCCCUCACUUCGCCGCCAACAACAACCUCCCCGGGACCGAACGGAAAGACCGCUCCAGCACCCCGUCACCUCAGUCCACCACCCCCACCACCACCGCCCCUACCGUCACGGGCCCCACCCCCGCCUCCGAGGCUCCCUCCUCCUCGCCGCCGCCCUCCGAGGUCGUCGCCGCGACCACCACCACCACCACGACCUCCGAGGCCCUCGAGCAGGACUGGGUGUACAACCUGGAGGACGACCUCCCGUCCCCCGACCGCGAUGGGAACAUGCCCUGCAGGUUCUGUCACAAGGUCUUCGAAGACGGCGUGGGCCUCAAGAGUCACUACGAGGAGGUGCACGCCUCGGAGCUGUUCCGCUGCACGGUGGAAGGCUGCAACAAACUUUUCAGCGCUCGCCGGAAGCGCAACGCCCAUUCCCUCAACGAAGCCUAUCACAAGGACCUGUUAGAGGGGGCGCCGACGAAGGACACGUGAUGACGACGCCCUUCCCAGUCGGGGUGACGGGCUCCCGAGGAGCUCGUCCUCCUCUGUAUAAAUGUAUAAAUGUGCCAAUGUUUCACGUCUUAUUUAUACGUAGUGGUGUUAGAGUGCCCAGUGUCGCCCGCGUGUACAUAGUAGUGGCUCCAGCUGCCAGGACUUCGGCUGCCUCAGUGUAGAGUAGUGGCUCAACCCUGGCUUGUGUAGUGCGCCGCGGAGAGGCCGGGAGAGACGGCGAGUGCCCGGGGGCGCGAACCAUGCUCGGGAGCGACCCUCAAGUGUGUCCCAGUGCCGGGAGUGCCACUGACUCUUUAGUGAACAGAAGCGUUAACGGCUCCCCCCCCCCCCCCCCCCCUCUUGGGCACGACUAUUCCUUGGCAGUGAUACCAGUGACGCGUUUGCCGACGCUACCCUUGCGUGUCGAGGCCCGAGACCAGGGGCCCGCCGCGCCCGGCUGGGGCCAUGAGCCAACUUAUCGCUGAAGGACUUAGAGCUGCAUUAAUGUUCUCAGGAUUCUUUGUGAAUCGUUUUGCAUACCAAUCAUUGGUAUAAAGAGUCAGUGUUCAAUUUCCUUGUGUCUUGUAUUAACAUUUUUUGGUUAUAGCUGCUGUAAAUGUCAGUUUUAUACUGUGACUCAGUCUGUCAUUUGUGUAAAUGGUGCUAUAUUUUAGUUGGCACAACCAUGUCUCCAUUUACGUACAACUUUGGUUAAUAAGUUAAUUUUGUGUGAUUGUAAAGUCGGCGUCUUCCACUAUCUUCAUUUAUGGCGUUUUUUCGAGCUGGCGAGGGAUCUCCGUUCCUGCAGGAGGCCGCGGGGCCUCUCGCCACGCUCCUGUAGGAACACCCCGCCCCCCGCGACAGGAGGCGGCGGAAGGCGCUCGCGAGGCGCCCUUCGUCUCACGCGAGAUACCUAGAGGGAGGGCGCCGCCGAAGGGAGCUCGACCUUUGCCCCCUUUAGGUGUUCACGGGACCUCCUCGCAAGGGCGCCCGCGGGGGCAGGCGCGGCCGCCGGGGCGAAGCCAGGACUCUCGGAAGCCGCCGUUUCGACGAGAGGAGAGUUCCCUAGUCUAUUCCUCGACCUCCCGCGGGAGUCCGGCUCCCCUCCCCUCUCGCGGCGUCCGCGUUGGGGCGACGCUGCGCAGGAGGGCGAGAGAGAAAGAGAGAGAGAGAGAGAGAGAGAGAGAGAGAGAGAGAGAGAGAGAGAGAGAGAGAGAGAGAGAGAGAGAGAGAGAGAGAGAGAGAGAGAGAGAGAGAGAGAAAGAGAGAGAGAGAGAAAGAGAGAGAGAGAUCUGUUUUCUAACCAGGGAGACUGGGGAUGUCCAGCGCCCUCGGCCCGCCCUCCCCGUGGCCCUCUGCCCCUCGACCUUUGACCCUGACCUUGUCGCUCUGGAAGAAUCGCUGAAGUUUCACGCCCUCUCGCCAGCCGCUUACCUUCGGCAUAAUUUUUUGGUUUAAUUUACUGUUCGGAUGGUCUCUUUCACCCUCUUUUUACACUAGUGAAGAGAUAGAGGUAUGACAAUCAACAGUGUGAAAUUGCCAAAGAGUUUUUUUUUUAAUUAUUAAAAAAAAAAAGAAGAUAUGCCUUCUCUUCACUGAAGUGCGCAGAACAUUUGCGAAGUUUCUCCAGUUCAAAAUUGGAGCGUUCGCGAAGAAAGGAAACAAACAAAAAAUAUUCUAAAAAUGAUUUACAAAAAACAAAAAAUUAAAAAAAAAUAAAAAUAAAAAAAUACCAUAAAUAAGCGCCUCUAAACGAGAUAUACGUGAGGUAGGUAAAUCUGUGUACUCUCUCUCUGUAGGGAUCUAGCCAAACCCUAGUAGCUGUGUAACCGGACGAGAUACAGAAACCCUUCGUUCUUUCUUUGAAAAAAUAUCGUUAGUCCUUUUAGUCAUAAUAUAAGGUCUUCUGUUUUAUUUUUUAUGAAAGGGUAAGAAUUCUUUCAUAGUGGAUAGACACCCGUAUAUCUAUGACAAUUCACGUACGCGCGAAAUAAGAUAAAUUAUGUGAAUCAUGGAUGAUAUAUAUAUAAAAAAAAAAUAGUAAUAAUAUAAAGAAACAUUUUUUUUGAAGAAUGAUGAAUUUCUCGAGACGCCGAUGCUCACCACGGUCGGUUUCUACCAAGACGGUCGAAAGUCCCUGAGGAACUAACCCGAGUGUCGGCCUUCCUGAUCUCUGUGUCUGGUCCGGAGCCUCCUGCUCUUCCUCACUUUAUCUAAUGACCAGGGGGAACACAAUGCUACUACACACCCUUCACUUGUUACGCCAUUGUCAGAUCAGUGUCAAAGAGUGUUUCGUGAAUCCUAAUUUCCCCAAAAUACAAAAAAAAAAAAAAAAGGAAGAUUGAAACUACUAAAUAAGAGGGGGAAAAUACUUGAAAAUAUAUAUAUAUAUAAACAUACACGCCGCCCACAUCUGAAAUCCUAUUCAAAAUGAGCGGAAUUCUGAAGAAAAAAAGAAGAUGAAAAAAAUACAAAAAUAAAUAAUAUAAUAAUAAUAAUAAUAAUAAUAAUAAAACAUCCACAGAUACACAAUGGAAACAUAAGGUUCAUGAAAUGCUCCCCCCCCCCCCCCCCCCCCAGUUUGGAAAGUAGCUAGAGGUUUGUACACCAAGUAACAAGUGAGGGGAAAAGGGUCAGCCGUUUCCCCUCCAGUCAUCAACACGUAUAAUGGCAGUCUGAGUGACCUGGUCAGUUCCUUGACCUGACCUGACCUGGGUCGCGGGAUUGCCUCAAUAUUGUAAUUAACUCAUUAUGAUAAUGACAAUUAAUAAAUUUGUUGUUACCGUCUCGUGCUGAUCUAGUUGUAAUUGUUAAUAAAAUAAAUAUGGUUAUAUGUG